UGUCACUCCUCCCUGAUGAGGUCUGUUCACAUUAUGGUGCCUGCCAUUGAUGAUCAGAGGUAUAAAAUCCACUUGAUUCCCAGCUAUCAUAGCUCUCUUUAACAGCAUACCCAUCAUCUGUUUACUUGUUAUUACCCCCUGAUUCAGCUAGUCAACCUUCAGAAAAUCCGUUACGAUGAAGUUCCUCUACACCACGGUCACCAUGCUCUGCCUCAUUGGCGCGGGUCUGGCAGCCGAGCCAGCUCCUAAUUCUCCCGAGAGAACGCAGGACUGCUGCCAUACCGUCAAGGGAGGUAAAGGUCACAGGUGGUGUGCUGAUGGCACGGCUGGCACUCCUUUUUGUGGCAAGGGCCCUUGCAAUGCCUUUGGAUGUGCCUGCAAAGGUGGAUGCCGCAAGAAGUAGGUUUUUUUGCAACCACUGGUAUCUGGGAGGUUAUAUAUGGCCGUGUGUGAUGUUCUUCCUGUUCCGGUAUAGGUUUUCAUGUCUUCAUGCGGGUGCGAAGGCUUAUGGGCUUCACGCAUCUUGAUCAAUCAUUUUCCAUUGCUGAAUUUGAGAUAGAUAUGCUGUAACUUUUUGGAAUCAGA